AUGCGUACUAGCCGUAGUGGAAGUGAUAGUGGCGCCGGCGAUUUUUCAGUCGAGGCGUCUGCUUCCAAAGUAGAGGCCCCAAGGAUUGUCCUUCCAGAUUCACCGACUGCUCCCCAAAUUGUGUUACCAGAUGAUUCACCUGCCGUACCGAAGAUUGUUCUCCCCGGCGAAGAUGAACCUCGCGGUCGGAGUCCUUCAAUCAAUCGAAGGCCAUCGCCACCUUCAAUAAAUGGGGAUUCUUCUCCGCCCACCAUUACAAUUGGAGGAGCACCCCCACCUCCGCAGAUCAUCAUCCCUGGCGAUGACGACGACAAGACUCCUUCAAUUAGUGUAAAUGCCCCGUCUCCUGCUCGACAGACGACGAACGUUUCCACUACGACUUCGAAGCUUCCUAGGGUUCCCCGGAGUAAGCUUUCGUGCGCCGGCUGUAGGCUGCCAAUCAUUGGACGGCUGGUUACCGCAUCCAAUAGUGAUAAAGGGGGAGGAUUACGCUGGCAUCCUGAAUGCUUCAAGUGCACCAUUUGCAGCGAACUUUUGGAACAUGUCAGCUCAUAUGAACGAGAUGGGAAGAUGUAUUGCCAUCUAGAUUUCUACGAGACGUUUGCUCCGAAAUGUUCCCACUGUCAUACACCAAUCAUCGAAGAACAUUUCAUAUCGCUGGAUGAUUCCGCACUGGGAGGCAAGCGCACGUAUCACGCACAGCACUUCUUCUGUGCAGAGUGCGGUCUUGGUGGUGAACGUUCCUUUUCAGCGGAUACCCAGACUUCAGAGUUCAUGGUCUACAGGGGCUAUGCAUACUGCGAAGCUUGCCAUGUUCGACUGCGUAUGCCCAAAUGCUCUCGAUGCAAGAAGAGUAUCAGGGAGUGGGACGAGGGGGCUGUUGAGGCUAUGGGCCGUAAGUGGUGCUGGGGCUGUUUUAGAUGUGAAGGCUGCGAGCAGCCGUUUGAUGAGGGUACAUUUUUUGAGAGGGAUAAGAAGGCUUGGUGUGAGACUUGCUUUAGUGUUAUUUUGAGAAAUGAGGUGUAG